AUGCAUUGCCACGGUAAAUACAUGGCCUGCUGCCUCCUGUACCGUGGAGAUGUGGUGCCCAAAGAUGUCAACGCUGCCAUCGGCACCAUCAAGACCAAACGCACCAUCCAGUUUGUGGACUGGUGCCCCACUGGUUUCAAGGUCGGCAUCAACUACCAGCCGCCCACUGUGGUUCCUGGUGGAGACCUGGCUAAGGUCCAGAGGGCUGUGUGCAUGCUGAGCAACACCACCGCCAUCGCUGAGGCCUGGGCUCGCCUUGACCACAAGUUUGAUCUGAUGUACGCCAAGCGUGCCUUCGUUCACUGGUAUGUGGGUGAGGGUAUGGAGGAGGGAGAGUUCUCUGAGGCCAGAGAGGAUAUGGCAGCUCUGGAGAAAGAUUACGAAGAGGUCGGAGCUGAUAGUUUGGGAGAGGAUGAUGAGGAGGAAGGGGAUUAUUAAACACAUGCAUUCCCUUGUAUUUUCCUGAGCAUUGUCAUUUUGUUCUU